CGAAUGAGCUAGCACCGCGGCGUCUUCCCCCAGUUCAGCCUGGCGAUGUGUCGACGAUGUAUUCAAUGCGACCCGCCGGGAGGCCAACUGGCACGCUGCCUCGCGGGGCAGGAGUGUUCCCAUUGCAGACCGGCUGGAGUGUAGCAAUGCCCGGCAACGGCAGGGGCGCCCCGCGUCACACGCCCCAAAGUGCCUCCGGCGCCGCCCAAACAUCAGCCUCUGCAGCAGCUAUGCCUGCCGCCGGUGCUCCGUCCUCUAGAACCGCCACACCGCGUGCGAACUGCUCCCGCCCCGCUUCCACUGCUCCCCCAUCUCCUCUGCGCUCGGCACGCAUCUCGGCAGCUACCGCUGAUGCGAGAGCUGCUGCGAUCUCAACCCCCGGCACGACCUCAACCUCGGGAGCACCAGCAGCAGCAGCAUCAGGGCCGGCAACUCCCUCAUCCACAUGCAGCAGGGCGGCGGCGGCAGCAGCGGGAGGGGGAGGGGGAGCAGCAGCGGCAGCAGCACCAGGCGCCCCCAAGCCGGCUGCUGCCGCUCCAGGCACCACGGUGGCAGCCGUCCGGAACUCGUACACCACCACGCUGCAGGCCAGUGCGGGGCUCUCACCGCGGACGUACAUCACGGAAACCAACAUCCACUACAAACCGCCCCCCGCCGGAUUCCGAAGAGCGAAAAGCGCAACGCUGCCGCCCUCCGAAAUGCCCAAGCCAACGUACCCCAAUGACUGGUCUACCUCCAAGCAAGCCGACUUCCGACCCGACCGGCUGCUACAUCCGCCCACCUCGGCACCGGCGGGGCAGCCCACCCGACCCGCGGGUCAGCGCGACAGCGGCCGGCUGCUGCCCGACGAUGUCCCACCGGCAUCGCAGUUCGUAACAUUGCACAGAAGCCAGUUUGUGGGCGGGCGGCACGCGGAGGCAGCUGCCAUCCCAGCUUCGGGCGGCCGGGGCACCAUGGCCGCUGGAUACAACAUCAUAACGGGGGCGGGUCCGUACGGCAACAACGCGUUUGAGCACUGGGACGGGCGGGACUACCGGCGGCACCGGUAGAGCUGUAGGAGGGGGGGGCUUGGCUGCUCGUUAGGUGCCGUAGAGGGAAGGAGCUUGCGAUGCUUGGGGUUUGGGUCGUGUGGGUAAGAGGUUCGCGUUAGGAAAGGCUAGCGGCUGCGUGGCAGGAUGGCGUGUAGGCAAGUACACGCGAUGAGAGGUCGUUUCGGUAGUGAUGAUGUGGUGAGAAAGGGCAAGUGUAGCAGUAGCAGGGGCGAUGGCGGUUAUGGCGGUUGCCCAAAAAUAGAUGGGCGUACGAGAGGUUUGGCUUUUCCUUGCUUCCGUACUUUGUGUGUUGUGGCAUGUGAAGAGAAGGCAGAGCGGGGUAUUCAGGUGCGCUGAGAGCCCCGAUGAGGAUUGCAGGACCGGGCGGGACGCGGGUGAAACUGAUGUGUUGUUACCCUACUGAGUCGCAGUUGUCCAAGUAAGGCAACAACCACAGUGGAGGACGUGGGGAAGGGUGAUGUCGCAGAUACGUUGCAGUGCACCCUAGCAGUGCUUCACUAGCACCUGAACUGCUGGGAGGGUUGGAAGGGACGGUUGGGGGCGGCGGCACUGGUUGUGACCUGCGGCGGUCUUCAUGUGUCGAUUCAUAUGAGCAGCCGCGAACUGACACGCACAUGUCGAGGUGUGUGUUGAUCAAAACCCAUUCAGCCAUUCAUCAUGUCUACACGCGCGCAUGUGUGAAGGCGCGGUGGUGGCAAAGCAGCGCCACCUGCACCACUGUUCGCAUGAAAGCGGGUGUGCAGUUGGCCAGGGGUGUCACCUGGAACCCUGUUGGUGCCAUGUUGUAACUCGCCAUGACAGGCGCGGGGCUGCUCGGGGAGCAUGUUGUGAGCCCAUGAGGGCCUCGUGCGGCACGGCGUAUCGUGAGUGUUGCGGGGCGCCUCUGAGGCUCGUGAGUGCUGGGGUACGGAUGGCGGAGGAUUGGUAGGCAUUUAGAAGCGUACGGUGAAUGGGGCGCACCGGUCUGUGAUGUAGGAUAGUUGGGCCGUUCUGGGGGCGCGCAGGGGGCCCUGCUGUGUGUUGUGUGUUGUGUGGGGGGUCGGUGAGAGGCUGUAGAAGGAUGGGGUGUGUAGGGGCAUUGGUGGGUUUUUUAAGCAUAGGCAAGGACUGUAGCGCAUUCACCUUGCGUCUGCGUCCCGCAUUCCGGAAGCACUCGUUUGGGGGGUAGUUGAAUCCUCAUGUGUGGCGCGUGGGCUUUCCCCUUCAUUUCCCUUCGUUUCUAGGAGAUUACUUGAUACUUUCAGGGAAAGGUGCAUUGGCUAGAGCUGUUGCACACCGGUAGCUACCCGGUGAACCCCCAUGUUGACUUUCGCAUGCAUGGAGGUUAGAGUUGUCUUGCGGCUUUCCUCAACGCGGGUCGUGCUGUUGGGGAGUAGAACACCUUGGCUGCACCUGUUGGGGUAAGACUCUUUCUCAAACAGGCGCAUGUGAAGCAUGACAGAGAGGAAUAGUGCUUUCAAUUGACACGUGUAGGCUGAAGUAGGACUGUAGAAGCGAUAGUCGUUUAGAGGUACUGCGCAGAUGUAGAAUCGGAGCAUGGGCAGUCAUUAUCGUCCGUAUGGCUAGUUUAGAGAUGAAUGCUGUUGUUGGGGAUGCACUUUAUAACAGCGGUGUACCUCCCGAUGCCGUUUGCCUGAGAACCCGCUGUUGGUUACAAGCAUGCCUGCGCGGCAUUUGCCAACGCCGCCCACAACGCCAAUGCCUAAUCCUCCCAUGCCUUCAUUAAUCCGGUAAUCCGGUAUACCGUG